ACUUUUAUCAAGUCAUGGAAAAAUACGUUAGAGAAAUAUAAAUUUGGAAACUAGAUAGAGUAUAAAAUUGCUCCGUGACAGGAUAGUGAAAAAGAGAAAAACAAUUUUGUUCGCUUCUUCUCGUCGGUAUUUAUAAUUCGUGGUCAAAAUGAACCAAGUCUUAAGUGGCAUUCCGCGUAAAGUGUUCCCCCGGGUACGAUGCACGGUUCUACAGUGGCGUCUGGCCAGUACGACCACCGCAUCGCAUACAUCCAGCAGCACCGAAAAACCGGCUGAAUUUUACGACAUAAUCAUCGCCGGUGGCGGAAUGGUGGGAACGACGUUGGCCUGUUCCCUCGGAAAGAAUCCCCGCCUGGCAGACCGUCGCAUUCUGCUGCUGGAAGCGGCAGCCGGUUUCAAGCAGCCUUUGACCGAAACGUACAGCAACCGGGUGUCGGCCAUCAGCAAGGGAACGCACCGAUUGAUGAAGGCUAUUGGUGCAUGGGAUCAUAUAGAAGCCACCCGUGUUAAGCCGGUGCUGAAGAUGCAAGUGUGGGAUGCCUGUUCGGAUGCGCUGAUUACAUUCAAUUACGACGAUAUGGCGGACAACAUUUCGUGGAUUGUGGAAAACGAUGUGCUGCUUAGUAGUGUCUAUCGGCAGCUGGAAGGAGUGAAGAAUGUGGAAAUAAGGUACAGCUCAAGGAUGGAGGAGUGCAGUUUGAUUCGGGAUGGAGCGGAAAAAAGUACGGUUCGGCUGAGCAAUGGUGACCGAGUGCAGUGCGAGUUGCUGGUCGGUGCCGAUGGAUUCAAUUCGCUGGUCCGGCGAUCGAUGGGUGUGGAUAAUUUCACCUUGGCAUACAAUCAGAUGGGAGUGGUUGCAACCCUCAAGCUGGCAGGUGCAGUGGCAAAUAACGUGACCGCCUGGCAACGAUUCCUUCCGACGGGACCCAUCGCGUUGCUUCCUCUGAAUGACGAUAUGAGCUCGCUAGUUUGGUCAACCACCGUUGCGGAAGCCAAACGGUUGGUGCAAUUGGACGAGCCAUCCUUCGUUGCGGCACUCAAUGAGGCGUUUACUAAGUCCUAUCCAAGGAACAACGUCAUCGAGGAAAUUAUGAAGAACGUGAAUUCGCUGAUUUCUUCCCAGACGGGUCAACGCUUGGAGCCGGCUCCGGUGGUGGAAGCAGUUAUGGAAAAGUCCAGAGCCGCCUUUCCUCUGGGCUUGGGUCACACCAGUACCUACGUGGGACAUGGCGUCUGUUUGAUUGGCGAUGCCGCACACCGGGUUCACCCCCUGGCCGGACAAGGUGUCAAUCUUGGGUUCGGAGACGUUCAGUGCCUAACGGAUGUCCUAGCCGAAGCAAACUACAGCGGCUUGGGGUUGAACAACAUCGCAGAGCUAGUCAAAUACGAACAGGAACGCCUCCGGCAUAAUGUCCCCAUAAUCCUAACCACCCAUGGCCUGCAGCGACUGUACACCACUGAUUUCGCACCGAUCGUAGGCCUCCGAAGCAUCGGAUUGACCAUCACCAAUUCGGUUCCCCCGCUGAAGAAAUUCCUGAUGAAUUAUGCCAUGUCUUAAUCUCUUCUCGCGCGAGUUCACCACCACCAGCAGUAAGUAACGACAUCCAGCGUGUCAUCGGGAUUCAGUCUUCUAUCUCUCAGCCAGAAGCACAAAUAAGAGGUAGGUUGACUGUUUUUUCCUAAUUGACAACGAAUUCGGAAAUAUUUUUCGAAUGCAUCGCUGAGAGACUGGCGUCAGGUGGAAGUGCCAGAAAUAAUUCGGGACGGUAAUUGGUAGGGAAUAAGUCGAAACCGAAGUGUAUUACGCCUAAGUCCUAUGUCUCGAUUUUUUUUUAGUUGUACCAAAGUGGGGGUUAAGGGAUUUAUUGUAACUUUAAGUCGUUUUGUGAAUCAAACAACAUUAUCACUUGUUUAUUUA